UAAAAGCACAAAACAGAGACCGACAGACAAUUUUGAUCCAUAUUGUGCCUAUAAUCCACACUGUGGAUCUUUUUAUAUGACCAGUUUGCAGUUAGGCAUCAGAGUAUUAUUAUUAUUGUUAUUAUUAUUACUAUUAUUAUCAAUAUUGAAUAGCGGUAGAUAGCGGUAGAAAUGCGAAAUAUUCCUAGUGACACCCCUAUAACCAAUGUUUUGGAAUUUACACGUGCUUUUCCUGUUAGUAAUUGUGUUGGUGAAAAACGGGCGAAGAAAAUGUUUUCGCCCGUGAUUUUCCACACUAACCCAUUUCUGACAGGUUUCCGCUCUUACAGAAGAAAACUGAAACAGAAGAAACACGCAUACAGACAAAAUCGUGAUAACAUGACACUUGCAGGAUUCGCUUGAGGUAGUUCAUUUUUUCGCUUCGAUAGGUGAAAAUUGUUGUUCUGCUGAGUUUCACUCCAAAAUGGUGCUAAAUAUAAACUGAUUGUAGAGUAUAGCAUGUUCCCUGUCAUUCAUUAUGUGUGAUAUCUGUUGAAUGGAACAAUUUAGACCGCGAUAUGAUGGUGAAAUUAUAAAAGUAAAACCCUCACAAAGGAUAGUCGUACAUUUUUCUUCUCCCUAAUAAAUGCACAGACUUGAUAAGUAGUUUGAUACAGGCAGAAGUUCAGUGAAAAAUGUCCUCUGAGCAGUGAAGUUGAGUUUGGAUAGUUAACAAUUUAGAGUAGAGUUAUUGGAUAUUUCAUUUCGUGGUGAUUCUAGCGAAUCAGUAGCAAUGUCAUCGGAUGGCUCUAGUUCAUUUUUUGGAACUUGGGAGAUAAUUGAAUCUCAUCUGGAUGGAACGACAGAUAAGCUUGGAUUGGAAGGUGUCAAAUUUCGGCUGGACGAAAUGGGGGACAUCAUCUGGUACAAUGACCUAGUCAAUAUGAACCAGAACAAUGAUGAUCAAAAGAGAGCCAGCUUUGAGUCCAGCUUCUGUCCAAUCAACGACUCAGCAGCAGUGUUGUUCAGUUGCGAGACGUUCGAGGUGCUUGAGCUUAGCUCCAAUGGACCGGGUUUGAUCUUUGGAGCCUACACUGGUCAUAGUAUUGAGUUUUUAGCUAACACUCGCAAUCCUACUGAUCGCAUGCUAUUGAAGUGUGAUGGAUGGUGCCAACUGGUAUGUAAACGAGUGAAAGAUGACCAAUCUGUCGGUCAGGAGGUGCCAUUUACGCUUUUAUCAGUACUGGACGACGGAAACUUCUGUGACGUUACACUGAAAAGCUGCGAUAAUGUGAUUUACAACGUUCAUUCACCGAUACUGCGUUUGAAUGGCUUCGACUGUAGUAGCAUGGCAGCUGCAUCCACAUAUCAACAUUUGGCCAGUCGAUUUGAUACCGAUCGACCUCAUCCACCGUUGAUGAAAGUUUGCUCGGUACCAUGUGCAAAAUCACCUAAAGCAUCAACCCAACAUAUCAGCCAACGGGCUAGUCCAACUACAACUUGCAACUUUCUUCUUCCUCCAACAUUGGACGUUUACAACCUAUCACCAAAGUUUGUCAACAAUAUUUCCAAUUCGUUCAACUGUCUACCAUCCAACGAUUCGAUCUUCCUAGAUGUACCCAAGAAGCAUCACGUUUUUUCCUCUGACUCAAAUCUCAACUCGGACCGGAAUAUAUUUUUCUUCCCCGCACCCAAUGCUUUAGCUCCCUUCCAAGAUAACUUUCAUCGUGGAAAGUUUAAACUCCCUUCAUCACCAUUCAGAGCACGCAGUCCUUCGCCUUUUCCUUGUUCAAUGGAUACGCCGCCUUCGUCUCCUCUUACACCGCUUUCAGUUCUGAACAACAUUCCCUCGAAGAUGUUAUCCACAAUUUUGCACUGGCUAUACUGUGAAAGUCUUCCUGAAGAUCUGGACGAGGAGACGUGCUCCAGUUUGAUUUCCAUGUGUGAAAGCACAACUCCAUUAAGCCGGAUGACUGGACCAUGCAAGAAUUUCCUGCGUAAUAUCCAACUGAAGAAGUUUGUCAUCGAUGUAGUAUCGGAUCUGCACGACAGUUUGAAUCUGGUAAUUCAGAUGGUUAAUCCAAACACAAUUUCUCACAGUCCGUGCGUUUUGUGUCAGAUAUUCAAAGAGGGAUUUAAAGAAUCUUUGAUUGCCAUCGUGAAAUUAGUGCAGUUUUGCAACAUCUUCACCAAAGAUGCCACAACAUUUACUCGCUACCAGCGGCAUGAAAUUAUCAAAUACGUCCGAUCUAGGACGCCGGUCUUCUUGUCUCAAAUUCAUCAGCUGCUCCAGAACAUCAAUAUCGUUCUAUGUUCGUUAACUACUGAAGAGAAGAACGAUUUGGUAUCCUACUUGGUGCCGGAGAUUACCUACGCCUUAGAAGUGCUAGCAGCGUCGAUGUCUGAAAUUAAAAACUCAUUGGAGAUAGUUUGCAAGGAUCUCAAGUCAACUACUGAUGUGCGUACAGGAGGUAAUGGUGGUUCAACAAGCGGAAUGAGGGACGGUCGAUCGGGACGUACACGAACUCGUAGCUCAGCUGAUCAUUCCAACCACAUGAGUCAAGGUGCAACAAGUCCUUCGACCGGCGGAGAGUCACGCUUCAACCAGAACUCUGAAAGUGAUUUGAAGUUCUUCUUGUACAUGUAUGAAGUGAAAAAGAUGCGAGACAUUUACGGCAAAGUGUGUAGCGCUUUGGAGUUUAUUCUGCGCUCCAGGGCAUCCUUCAAUGAAAUGAAUCAUGUUCAUCAACACGAAACCGUCAGAACAAAUCUGGAACAAAUCACCCUUGAGGUACCAAUGUUCGUAGCUCGGUUGGAGGAAUUGUGUGAUAUCAUUGACGAAAGAAUCGGUUGGAAAGAGUUCAAGUUUUGCUUCAAGUUUCUGACCAGUCAGGUGAAUGGAAUAAUUACUAAACUAUUGGAGCAUAAGACUGCCUUACACGAUGCGAUGUUGUAUGUGUCUAAUCUGGUACAAAAAGAACAAUUCACCCGUGCCCUGCUAGAAUUAGGCCUACUUGCAAACCGAAGUGUAGAAAGUAGUGGAUAUGGGGACCCUCGGCCGUGUCCUAGCAGAUAUCAGAAUUACAGUAGCACAAAGCUCAAUCUUGUGCAAAGUCUAUGCGAGCCACCAUCCGCUAUCAACAGCAGUCUGUCGAAGAAUGCCUUAAAAUUGCUUCACUCGGGACAACUGGCAGACAUGGAGUUUGAGGUUGUGGUUUCGCCAACGGAUUGCCAAAAUGAAAAUAUUACAUUUGACUUCAGCCCUGAUGAUGCAUUGCUACAGAACGAUAGUGCAGCAGCCGUCUGUGGGACACCAGUCAAGAAUCAGUCGCAUACUUUCAAAGCCCACAGAGUCAUUGUAGCGGCCCGGUGCGAGUGGUUCAAAAAGGCGUUACUCUCCGGAAUGCAGGAGGAUAUAAAUAGGAAAAUUGUCAUACACGAUACUUCACCUGUGAUAUUUCGACGAUUACUGCUCUAUCUUUACGGUGCACCAGUUGACAAAUCGGUUGGUGUAGAUCAAAUUUGUGAGCUGAUGCUGCUGGCCGAUCGAUAUUCGGUGGAUAACCUGAAAGAUAUCUGUGAAAAUACGUUGAUAGCAUCGAUUGACAGUGACUCGGUGAUCUACUUAUUUGGAAUUUCAGAUCGAUUUAAUGCAUCCUCGUUGAAAGCAAGCUGUCUGUCGUACCUUUCGCAACACACUGAAUUGACUAAAUUGGAGAUAUUCAGCGAACUGCCAGGAUAUCUGCAGAAUGAAGUGCAAGACCUAAUCAGGUGGUGUGGUCGCGUACCGGAGCCUUGGAAGGAACGUUCUGAUCGCACCAGACGAAGUCUGAAAAGCCCUUCACGAUCCAAGUCGUCACGAUCAAGGAAAACAUCUCCCUCAUUCAUGUGACAAUGAUGUGCCAAACUGGCAACACUUCGCUGACUGUUUCUUAAAAGCUGAUAAUGCUUUCUCUCUAACUCGUUUGACUGGAAAAUAAUUACUGUGAUGUGUCGUUGUAUUAGGACACGAGUCUCGAACGAAUCAAUGGAGGUCCCGUUCCUCUUGUUAUGGGGCUUCCAGGUAUCAUAAAUUGUAAUUAUCAAUUCAAUAAACAAGUCUUAUCACAAGCUGUAACUGUAGAUAGUGAUUAAAAUUUUCAAUUGACAUAGGACACAACGUCAUAAACACAAAAAAGUAGAACAAACAGCUACCAGAAAACGUACAUUUUAGUCUUCGAUUGCGUAUGAUAGAAAGCAAAACAAUGAAACUAACAUCCAAUAGAAAGUCAAGUUGUAGUCUUAUAAUAAGCAGAAGAAAAUCGUAUUCGUCACAUACUCAUAACAACAAGCGAAUGUGUGUAAGAAAAAAAGCAUCGGAUAUGGAUUGUUGCCAGUAGAAGACAAGAAUAAAAAAGUUUGAAAAGCGAGCACUACAGGCUCUAUUGUCAUUGGAAAUAAAGAAGUUUGAUUUAAAUUGAAUUAAAACAUCAAACCGUUAAGUAAACUUUUUUUUUUUUUUUUUUUCAUUUUGCCGGCAUACGCAAUCUAAGUCUUUAGUUAGUUUCAAUAAAAACAAUAUGUUUACUGAGAAUAUUAUCGUGUGCUACAUAAUUUAUUGAUGUUUAAGUAUUCUUCAUAACAUAUAGUAUUUAUUUAAAAAAAAAAAAAUGGUACGAGAAGCCAUCAAUCGGUUUAUCAGAUUUAAUUUUUAACCAGGAACAUCGAGUUUGAUAGUAUUUAUAGGGAAAUAGAAAGAAGUAAAGCCAGAAUAAAGCUUGUAAUAAUGGUUAAAGAGUGUAGAUCUGUUUUAUUCCACUGUUUUAGAUGUUCAUGAAG